AUGCCUCCCCCAGCUCUGCUCCGCGCGCUCUGCUGCGCCCUCCUGGCCGCAGCCGCCCGCGCCGGCUUCUCCGGGGACCGCUGCAGCUGGAGGGGCAGCGGCCUGACCCAGGAGCCCAGCAGCGUGGGGCAGCUGGCCCUGGCCUGUGCAGAGGGCACCGUGGAGUGGCUGUACCCAGCCGGGGCACUGCGCCUGACUCUGGGCCGCCCCGACCCUGGCGCGUGGCCUGGAGUCGCCUGCCUGCGGCCCGCGCAACCCUUCGCAGGCGCCCAGGUCUUUGCUGAGCGGGCCAGUGGCGCCCUGGAGCUGCUGCUGGCUGAGGGCCCAGGCCCAGCCAGGGGCCGCUGUGUGCGUUGGGGCCCCGGCGAGCACCGGGCCCUCUUCCUACAGGCCACACUGCAUCGCGACAUCAGCCGCCGGGUGGCCGCCUUCCGCUUUGAGCUUCGGGAGGAUGGGCUUCCUGAGUUGCUGCCCCAGGCUCAUGGCCUCGGUGUGGACGGUGCCUGCAGGCCCUGCAGUGACACCGAGCUCCUCCUGGCUGCGUGUACCAGCGACUUUGUAAUCCACGGGGCCAUCCACGGGGUCACCCAUGACAUGGAGCUGCAGGAGUCUGUCAUCCUUGUAAUGGCCACCCGUGUCCUCCGCCAGACGCUGCCACUGUUCAGGACGGGGGGCGCAGGGGCCCAGGUGCAGGCCUCCAUCCGCACCCCACUGCACUGUGGCGUGCGCCCAGGCCCUGGCACCUUCUUCUUCAUGGGCUGGAGCCGCUUCGGCGAGGCCUGGCUGGGCUGCGCCCCUCGUGUCCAGGAGUUCGGCCGUGCCUAUGCGGCCGCGAGCACUGCCCACCUGCUUCCCUGCCAGGUGGCGCUAGGCUGA